UCUUGAGACAGACCGGCUCCGAGCUCCUGGCCAAACCUUGGAAUUCCAUUAGCACUCUAGACGACGAUUUAGAUCGUGCUCUUGGCGGCGGCAUCCCUACCGGGUAUAUCACCGAGAUCACGGGCGAAAGCGGCGCCGGCAAGACGCAAUUCCUCCUAACACUGCUCCUCGCCUGCCAACUCCCGCCACCCCGGGGUCUCGGCCGUCCCGCAUUGUACAUCUCCACCGAAGCACCGCUCUCCACACAGCGAUUGUCUCAAAUGCUAACCAACCACCCCUAUCUGCGCACCCUCCCUCCAACCGAGCGCCCAACUCUCGACGGCAUCGUAGGCACCAUGACUCCAGACCUCGAGUCGCAGGACCACAUCCUAAGCUUCCAGGUCCCGGUCGAAGUGUCCCGGCGCAACGUAGGCCUCCUAAUCCUAGACUCCGUCGCAGCCAACUACCGGGCCGAAUUCGAGCGCGGCACCGGCGGCGCGAAAGGCGGCGCUAAUCUCGCCGCCCGCAGCCACGAGCUCGUGCGCCUGGGCCAGCAACUGCACGAUCUAGCGCGGAGACACGAUCUCGCCGUCGUAGUAGCGAACCAAGUCGCAGACCGCUUUGCAGGGCCUGCUAAGAGCAGUGCCCCGCUACCAUUCUCGCUGCCCCGCGUGUCGCAGGAAAGCCCGCUCGCAAGCCGAACCAGAGGCAGGCCCGCGGCGCCGCUGCCGCUGCAGCUCUCCGGCCUGGAGCCCCCUAGCAGCGGCACCGCCGAGCUCCUGCGCUCCAGCAUGCCGGAGCCACCUCCCGAGGAAACCCCCGCCCCUCCAGCCCUGCUCCUCGACCACCAGCAGCGGUGGUUCACAGGCUGGGGCGACGAGCACCCGUACCCCUUCGGCAGCGGCGAUCAUAACCUAAAGACGCCUAGCCUAGGCCUGAUCUGGUCGACGCAGAUCGCGGCGCGGCUGGCGCUGUUCAAGAGGCCGGUCUACGGGCGGAAGGAAGUACUCGACGACGAGGACGGGGAGAGCACGACCGUGUUGCGGAAUUGGCGGAGGUGGAUGAAAGUUGUUUUCGCGCCGCAUGUCCCGGGGACGGGGCCGGGACUGGAUGGGGCGGUGGAGUUUGAGGUUACGAUGGGGGGAUUGCGGGCUGUGGAUAGGAAGAAGAAGAAGGGAAAGGGAAAGGGAAAGAGGGCAGACGGGGAGGAAGAGGAAGAGGAAGAGGAAGAGGAAGAGGAAGAGGACGAGGGGAGAGAGGCGUGAGAAUAAAUAUAUGGCCCGGGUUUAUGUAUAUCAUAUGGAUGAAUUCGGAGACUCUUGGCAUAUACAUAUAAGCCUUACUACAGUAAAUAAACAAAUUGCAUACA